CGUUGUUUGGCGUGUUUGUGAUCAAGCUUGCAGAGUCACAGUCAGCAGUUGCCCGACUCGCUCCUAACCAGAAGUGUUCCGUGAUAGAUACUCCGCGGUUUGGCAGUGCGCUUUUGUUCGAUGUAAAAAAAAAAUAAGCCAGCAGUUUUUAAUUACUCAUCUCGAGCAUACGUCGUGCGUCGGAACUCACUCAGUGCGAUUGCAUAAGUAAAAGCCAAGUCGUUUAUCGGUACGCGUUGAAUGUAUCUGAAGAAAUAACAACAUUAUUUGAGCAAAUAUCGAAGAAAUCAGUGACAGUGGAGGAAUUUAGAAGAUUUAGAACAAUGUUGAACUGUGCGGAUUUGGUGCAAUUCGACCAGUACAGCUUGCAGCUGUACAACUACGCCAUGGUUGAACGUUUCCGGACGAAUCAAUUUUUCAACUAUGGAAACAUUGUGGCCGACCCGCGAACGCUGUCGAGAUUCUUCAAACCGUCGGUGUAUGUGAACAACCCGGCGGAAGUGGGACCCAGUGCACUACUGGCCGACGCUAGUAAGCUGGCGUCCGCACCGAAGCCACAGUACAGCUACAUAGGACUGAUUGCGAUCGCCAUUCUGAGCUCGCCCGAGAGGAAACUUGUCUUGUCGGAUAUCUAUCAGCACAUUCUGGACAAUUACAGCUACUUCCGAAGUCGUGGCCCUGGUUGGAGGAAUUCCAUCCGACACAACCUUUCGUUGAACGAUUGCUUCAUCAAAGCGGGUCGAUCGGCUCACGGCAAGGGCCACUACUGGGCCGUUCAUCCAGCCAACGUGGACGACUUCCUGAAGGGAGAUUUCCGACGGAGAAAAGCCCAACGCAAGGUCCGUCGUCACAUGGGUCUCACAUCGGACGACGAUAUUUUCGACAACAGCUCACCAAGACAAUUCUUCCCCGCGAUACCUUCCUCACCAGUUAUGAACCCGGCCGCAUAUAUGCCAACCGCCACAGAACCACUGAACCAAGCAGCGGCUGCUGCUGCAGCCGUUUGUGUAUAUCCAACCACCGUGGAGCAACAGCAUGCCAUCAUCAAGGGUGCAAUGGAGAAUUUUUCCCGCAAACGACAAUUCGACGUGGAAUCCCUGCUCAGACCCGAUGAUGCAAAUUCUCCGCCAUCCACUGCCUCUCAGGAGCCGCCUGAGAAGAAGUUCAGACUGGCAGAAGUUUCAACGAUUGUGCUACCACCUCUCACACACCAUUCCCACCCGCUGGCCGCAUUUGGAACCCUCGCAGGACUACCCAAAAUGCUCCCGAAGCAAACCUAGACUAGGAAUCAUCACUCGUCACCGAUGAUCCCGAAGUAUCCAGCUGUCUAAUAAAUCAAUGUAGCAAGAGCUGUUUCCAAUCCCGGAGCAACUUAUGUGUCCUCCGCAAAAAUUACCGUGGACUAUAGCCUCUUACUAACUGUGAGCCCCCCUCCGAGCGAUGGUGUGGAGUUGUUGUACCUAUUUUGUGUUACGUUCUAUGUAACGAAGAAAGUAUUAUAUAAUUUUAAUUUAAGACUAAGUGCACCCUACUUGGAAUGUGUAAAGAAUAUUACGUCGUAUAAAUAUAAUCUAC